GAAAACGGAAAUAGUUUCGUCUGCUUUAAGGUAAAUUGUGAAUCAGAAACUUGGGUUUUGUUUUAAUGGAGCAUAUCGAAAUAUAAAGAAUUUACGAUGGAUGCACUUUUGAAAAAGAUUAGACCGCAAAAUGCUGCCUUAGACGCCCAGUUGCAAGAUUCAGACCCAGCAGAGCUUGCACUAGAGGACGACGAGUCGUUCACUGCAUCUAGCAUCACUGGUCAACUUACCUUUGCUGGCGAUGCAGAUUCCGUCGACGAUGAUGCUGGCGAAAGAGAAAAGACAGCUCCCUGCACAAUACAUUUUGAUGGCAGUCAAAGCAGCGCCAGCAGAGUAACAUUCGAGAUCACAUCAGCAGAGGUCAUCAAGGACACUCACUCCAGCCCUGUUACCUACAGGCGUUCAGGAUAUGUGGUAAUAUCAAGCAUGAUUCUGCAGAUUGAUAAGAUUUGGAUAUUUCACCAGAAGACAUCUACCUUCAUUAAGAAACGAUACUCGGAUUUUGAAUGCCUCCACAAAGCCCUAAAAAAGAGGUUUCCAAACCAUGUUAACUCUUUAGUUUUUCCUCAAAAGCUUCUCAUGGGGAAUUUCUCCAGCGAAACUAUUGCCAAACGCAGUCGGGCAUUUGAACAAUACUUGAGUCAUCUUUAUUCUAUCUUUGAUAUUCGAUAUUGUCCAGAGUUUGCACAUUUCUUUACUGGGGAUAGCUAUGCACAAGCAAUGGAGCUCUUUGUGGAAGGAAAACACGAGGAAGCAAUUCCUGUUUUGGAGACAUAUUUACCUGUUAUGGAAAAACUGUAUGGCAACUCUCAUUCACGCAUUGGUCAUGUAGUGUGCUCACUGGUUGUGUGUUACUCUCGGACUGACAGGCCAGACAUCGCAGAGGCCUAUGCUCGCUUAGCAAUUGAAUGUCUACCAGAAUCGUCUCUCACUGUGCCACUGCUGAAAACUGCAAUUUGGCUUUGUUGGAGGCUAAAGAAAGACAAGCAAGAUCUUGAACACAGACUUGACAAAAUCAGAUCGAGUGGCAUCAAUGUUGAUGAUGUGAAAGACCUGGAGCACAUUCUGCUUCACCAGCUUAAGUUUCUUACUUGAAUAGAAUGGCUAAAAUAGUGAAGUGAGGGAGGAAGAAAGUGAUGGCUUAGGGAGAAAACGAAAUCAAAUGAUUAAAUGGACAAGAGGAUUUUUUUUUUUGUAAUUCAGCUUUACCUAACGUUUCAUCAUAUUUGUAAAUUGUUAGCUUUUUUGUCAUCCAUUGAAAGAAAAUUUAAUCACAUUAAACGUAAUAUUGUAAAAUUUUAGAAAUGAAAGGUUAAGAGAUCGCAUUUAACAUUUUCUGUAUGAAUUACAAAAGGGAAAAUAUAUGCAUUGUCUGUUUUGGUUCUCAUUUAUUUAAAGGUGGGAGCUGCAGUUGAAACUUAGUAUAGUCAAAGAAGGCCACUCAUUAUUUUUUCUCGAGCAGUUUUACUAACAUAGUUCAUGCUAAAGGAUCUUUUAUGAGUACAUAUUUAUUGGAAUAUUUCUUUUUGCAAUUUAAUGAAAAAAAAUGCGAUUAAAACGUUGCUACCAUAACCAAUGAUCUGUUAAACAGCUAGAGCUAUUAAAAAUUCCAUUCUUUUAUGCAUAGUAUGAUUCAAAAUUGUGUCCUCAAAGGUGCUUUCUACACAACCCCAGUAUCCUGUAAACUGUAGAAUGGACAAUAUUUUACAUUCAUAUUUUAUGAGUGGCAGGUCAGCCUCAAAAUGGUGCCCCUAUGUGCUACAACAUUUAGUUUGUGAACAGAUAAUGGCAAUUUUUCUGUAUUAUGUUUGUGCCUUGUUACUUAUUUUAUGCUUUUGGCAUUUUAUGUUCAAGAUUUUAGUGAUUAUAAAUUAUUUAAAUAGUCUUAUGAGUUUGAAAUGGCCGCACUGGACUCAGUCAUAUCAACCUUGCAGGUCCUGUUAUUGCAUGUACAGGUUUCAUCUAGAUACUAUUGAUUAGGCAUGAGAAUAUAUGUAUAGAUCAUUCACUUUUUUUCCUUCCUCUUGGCAUCUUUUUGAGUCUGUCCCAUUGUAAGGUGUCAGAAUUGCAGGCAAGUUAUCCUUAGUUUUUAAUUUAGUUUAUUCCUUGUUACUCCUCGAGGAGCAUAGGGCCGCAUCCUUCUUAGUGAGUGUACCUUUUAUGGAUAGAAAACUGAGAUCUCUUUCUCUCUAGUUCCUAUGCUUUUGUUUUUGUGGUGUUUAGAUUUUUAUUAUCCUUCAGCAAUAAGACCUGCAUCUUCAAAACCAAUGAGUGUCACCAGUAAGUCCUACUGCAUGGUUCUGAAACCUGGAGAGUGAUUAACAUCAUCAACAAGCUCCAGACCUUUACCAACCAAUGGCUACGCCAUAUUCUGGGAAGAUGGGCUGAAAAGAUCUCCAACAGCAGCCUGUGGAAAAGAACCAACCAGAAUGCCACUAGCCAAGACACCAAAAAGCGCAAAUGGGGCUGGGUAGGACACAUCCUGCACAAACCAUCUGACACCAUUGCCAGGCAGGCACUUGACUGGAAUCCUCAGGGGAAGAGGAAAGUUGGGAGACCGAAGCAGACUUGGAAAAGAACGGUAGAGAGUGAGGCAAAGGACAAAGAACCACAUGGGCCUAACUGAGGGGGCCUGUGGAGCCUCAAGGGGUAACAAGGAAUAAACAAAACAGAUUUUCAGUUAUUUAUAUUUGAUCAUUAUUAUUCCCCUGUUGUUCAUUUUGACUCUGCAGGACUUGAAAUUUCUUCACAGGAUAGUUAAAGUUUCAAAUAAUCUAUUCUUAAUGGCUGGCAGUGAUUUGAGAAUACAUUAUAGCAUUACAUUUUGUUCUGUUUGUAUAUAUAUUUUUUUCCAUAAUCGCUUUGAUCUUAGCCAAAAGGCUGAGAAUAUUCUGAGUUUAUUCUGCAUAAGUCUAUGCAGAAGAAACUACAGGUAGCCUUAGCGGUUUUUGCAAUACCUGUUUAUUUAGAAACAUUAAACUUUCAUGGUGGAAUUCUGUUUUUUCACAGAAUUGUAUUUUUAAGUAUUAUUUCCUACAAUCAUUUAAACUGACAUGGAGAAUGAUGUGAAUUUGUUUUUUAAACAGUCAAAAAAAAAAUUGAUGAAUGCUCGAGGCCUUUGAGAUUCAUUUUUGAUGUUAUUAGGCAUUGCAUUUCAAGGUAGAGAACUAUAUAAUGUUCUUAGCUUGAGGUAGUUUCCCCUAUAUGACCAUCAGAACUUACACAAGGGCUAAGAAGGAUAUGAUUAUUGAAUGAGUAAAUGUAUUAUUUAUUUUACAAUUACUAUAUGACACAUUAUAAUGGCAAUGUUCAGCACAUGCUAUCAGUUUUAUAAGCAUGGCUUUGUCAGCUAUCCAAAUGUUUUCUUUUAUUUUCAGUUUGUCAGACUUUUCCUUUUUUCUUUGUUUGGUUUUUGUGCAAUGCAUAUACAAUGUUAGUCCUUGAUAUUUUUUGAUGAGAUUUCCUCAACUGUUUUCCAUUAUUGUGGUACAGAGCUUUUUCCAAAGUUAUUGAUAAUUUGUUUUUUGGUACUGAAGAUGUAAAUUAUAUAUUUAUAAAUUAUGCUGAUUUCUUAUGUUUUGUGUAUUACUUUAAAAUAGCAUCAUUUCUUUACAUGAAAGCCCUCAAUAGUAAGUAAAAUAUUACAUACUUAAAUAACUGCCAGUUAAGCAUUAUUACUUUGGCCAUACUGCAUGCAAUAGAGUGACAGUAAAGAAUUAUAAGAAAACUGUAAAAUACAGGGUGUCAAAAUAUCUUGUACACUGUUUACAAUAACUUUUUAAGCCUUUAACUUAAUAUUUCAGUUCGAUAUGCUUAUAGCUCAUAUUUUUAUUUUCCAAGGACACAAUAAAUGAAAACAAGCACAGGAUAUGUAAUCUUGUUUGUGGGUUUCUGAAUUUAAUGAAACUGGCUUUUUGUCAUUGCUUGAUGACAACUGUAGAGCAAUAUUGAAAAUUCUAAAGAAAACUAAAUCUAUUUUGUGAAAAAAUUUAAUUUACUUACAAAUAUUCCAAAACAUAUCAUGAAUUUGUCUGGUCACAAAGAUGCAAAACCUGCCUAGAGGAAGAGUUUAAGAUUUAUGUGCACAUGCAUAUAUUAACUAAUGAUUAAAUUGCAGCCACUAUUUCUGAUUCAUUUACGAUCCCAUUCUUUUCUUCUAUGGAAAAGAAGCAAAGUAUCUGUUUAUAAGAUGGUUGCAAAGUUACAGCUUCUGAAAUGGCAAAGUGGCAACAUGUUAUAACUAAUAUAAGCUUUUUUGAGAACAUGCUUUAUACUACUAAUACUUUGUAUCUGCCGAUAUUUUGUUCUACACUUGUUCUCCUUUACAUUCAUUGUUCUAAGGCAAUUUUUAAACUGUGAUGUAUGACUUUUGUUCUCUGCACAAUUUUCAUAGUUUAUUGUUUUUCUAAAAGGAUGCAUUUGAAAUACAUUUUACCAAUCCUUUUUUUUUAAAUCGUUGUAGUGAUUCACAAGAAAUGAGAUUAACUUAAAAAGAAUUAAAAAUGAAUCUGUAUUAAUGCUGGCCCUGCAUGCUACUAUAGUUGUUACAUGACCUUUAUUGACUGCAUGUUAACAAGUAGCAGUUAGACCUGCAAGUAAAUCACCAGUGUCAAGUAUGUUAAAGAAUUACAAUUUCUUAAAGUCAUUGCAGCUAGACAGCAGCAUAGCGGUUCAUGAUAGGUAUCAUGGUACUAAAAGUGAUAUAAAGCCUCAUAUAGAUACUCUUUAAUUGCAGAUGAUAAUCUCUGCUGAAGGAGAUAUAAUGCACUUUCCUAAUCUUCAUAUUUAAAAAUCGAAACAGGUUUUCCAUGGUCUGUAGCAUAAAACAUUGAAAUGGGCUUGUGGUUCAUAUGUCAAGCAGUUUUGUUGCAGUUAAACCUUGUAUGUAGAAAAAUGAUUAUCUUGAGAAGUUAAAAUAAAUGGUAUAGUAAGCUUGUGAGCCAAAUUGAAAGAAAAUCUGCUUUAAAAGACUUAAUUCAAGAUUGCUAUUGGUGACCAUCAUGUGCAGGAUUAAGAUGAUGUGCUGUUUCAAAACAGUGCUUGGAAUUCUAAGGGUGAACAAUUUUAAAUGGGAAUGCUUGGAAAACUGAAGCAAGUGUGUCUAAACUGGUUUAUAAGUAUUUUGUGCAUUAAUGAAGCAUAUCAUCAAAAGCUGACAUUCCAAUGCUGUGGAAUAUUCAUUACUUUUGAUGGACAGACAGGAAAAGACUUUCUAUUUCAGGUCUUUGUCAUUUCAACUUCUUUUGUUGCUUUUUUACAUGGAAUAAACAGAUUUCAGCUGA